AUCUAGUUGCGGGUGAUUCGACUAGCGAGGUCUCGAGCUAUCUUAUUUUCGGACUGAAACUUGACUGGUAAAAACGCGCAUCCGCUUCCCAUAAAUGGGUGUUCGCCGUAGCACCUCUCAGAAUCAGGCAACAGACAGGAGCUCCUAGGAAAGGAAGAGAGGAAGAGAGCGUGCUCCGACUGAUGUCAAAGCGUGCUCCGACAUGAGCGCUGUUCUACGUAGCUUCUCAGAGAAAGGAAAGGAACACUACACUUCCAGAAAAUGGUAUAUAAAGAUGCGAACCAACUGCUCCACAUUCCGCCGUCAUCCACGAGAUCAAGUGCAUAGAACGUUGUAGAGAUAUAUACAAGCUAGAGAUGCGUUUCGACUUUUUCAUCGUUGGGUUGGCGGUGGCCGCGUCGGCUGCGUCGGCUGCGACUACGUCGUCCAAGGCGGCUGUUACUACGACGUCCAAAGCGGCUACUACGUCCAAGCCGGUUGCUACUACUACGAGUAAGACGUCCACCACCACGGUCAAGACGUCCGCCACCACGGUCAAGACGUCCACGUCCGCUGCUGCUACUACAUCCAAGGCGGUUGCUACUCCUACGACAUCCACCACGUCGGCCGCCGCCACCAUCACUCCCACCGCCAAACCCUACUCCUACAUCCUAACCGGCGACUCCACAACCGCGCCCAAAAUCGGGUGGGGCGACGAAUUCUGCAAACUCACCGCGCAAUGCACCAACCUCGCCGUCUCGGGCCGCACAACCGCCACCUACCGCUCCGACGGCUUCCUCGCCAAAGCCCUCACCCAAGUCAAAUCCGACAUCUCACUUGGCUUCGCGCCAAGGGUCACCAUCCAGUUCGGGCAUAACGACCAGAAAGUGAUGAAUACCUCCGUGUUCAUGGACAAUCUGAAGGGGUUGAUAAAGGACAUCAAAGGGGCGGGCGGGUUGCCGAUUGUUGUCACCUCCCUCUGCCGUCGGACUUUCAACUCCAAGGGCAAUCUCACGGACGUGUUGCAACCAUGGGCCGACGCCGCCGCGCAACAAGCAACCAACUCGUCGGUGCCGAGCGUCGAUCUGCACGGGAAGAGCAUGGCGUACAUCUCGGCGAUCGGAAAGGACGCGGCAUGGCGGUUGAACGCGGCGACGGGCAAUACGGCCGGAGAUACCUUUGCGGCGAAUGCGACGGAUACGACGCAUUUGAACGUGAAUGGCAGCAUUAUAUUCAGCCGCGUGAUGGGGGAUUUGAUCACAAGGAGGAUUUCGAAUGCGAAUAUCAAGGCGAAUGCCACCCUUUCGGCCAGCAUUGAUGCGGGACAGGCUGUUUUCUAGACGAGAUCGAGAGAGUGAGGGCAUAUCACCCCGACUGGCGUAUCCGCUAGGUAGAUAGAGUAGAGUGGGUUCGUUCGUGGCCUAUUAUUCGAUGUGUUGCGUGUUAGACAGAUUUCCUUACCCCCUUCCUAUGAGGCGUACUUCGUAGAACACCCUGCUUUGAGAUAGACAGCUCUUUGUGACUAGAUUAUAGUUCGUAGAGCGCUCUUAUAUACAACGGCUGAUGCGACCCAGCUUCUCACUCCAGGGCCCAGUGUGAUCAUGGCAACAGAACGUGUACCGUUAACACGCGAAAAACGAGGGGAAAGACUCGAGGAAACCUCUUACGUAA